GUUCACAUAAGGAAAACUAUUUUUCCUUUACAAUACUUUAUGUAACCACAGUGUCAAUGGCUCCGCCGUUGAUUACACCUUCUUAAGUGCAUUCAUUACGCAUGGCACAUACGAUUCAAAGAUAGCAGGCGAAUAUGUGAACCCUCAUUUUUUUGGCCUUUGGGGAUGCCUGCGCACCUGAAUUAUUCUUACAUUUUUCUCCCAAUUUCCCACUGCAUUGGGUAAAGUGCGAUUCGAUAUCGCGACGUCAAGAAGUUGGGCGAGCACAGUAAAGAAAUUAAGGCCAUCAUUACACCGAAACCGAGUUUUUUGCGGGAUCCUCCGUCGUUGACUGGUUUGGCGAAGGUUCAAAUAUUAUUGUUUGUUCAUCUAAGCUGCAGGUUGCCUGGAGAAUAAUUGAGUGGUUCCUUGGGUAUUUCCAUUCCAUGGCAUCUGAAUGCCAUGAGGCAUGCAAACUAUCCUCUGGUUUGGCUGAUGAUGCUUGGGAUGAAGAAAUAAUCUCUUCCUCACAGGGCCCCUGUCCUCCUAAUUUCUCCCAUGUAAAGGAAGCAGGUGUUCAGGCUAAUAUUAGCAGCAGUGUGUGGAAGUCAAAUUUUACAGCUACACAUGUCAGUUGUAAUACACAUUGCUCGUUUCUUGACCUCCCUCCUGUUCUGAUAGCAGAAAUUUUCAAUCGUCUCAAUCCAAGGGACCUCAGUAUGGUGUCCUGUGUAUGUAUUCUUUUUAGGAGGAUUUCUUCUGAUAGCCAUGGUUGGAAGGAAUUCUAUUGUGAGAGAUGGGGGCUUCCUGCACCUUGCAAGCCUUCUGAAAGUUCUGCCUUGCCACUGGAAAAAUCAUGGAGAGAGCUCUAUGUUGAGAGAGAAGCUCGUAGCAAGGCUUUUUUGGGCCGAUUCAAAGUAGAUUUCCUCACAGGACAUACAGAACCUAUCCGAUCUGUUUGUCUUUUGGCAUCAUCAAAUCUCAUAUUUACAGCAGGCUAUGAUACAGUGGUAAGAAUGUGGAACAUGGAGGAAGGCCUCCUGGUUGACCACUCUCGACCCCUUCAUAGUACCAUCCGGGCUAUAGCAGCAGAUAUAGAAAUGUUGGUUGUGGGAGGAACUGAGGCGUUUGUUAAAGGUUGGCGAUCAGUUCCUGAGCUGCCUCAGUUGUUUGAUAUUUCAGGAAUUACAGGCCAAAGCACCGAAUUUUACCUUCGAGGGCAUAUUGGGCCCAUUACCUGCCUUGGCCUGGAUUAUUCUAGAAUUUAUAGUGGCUCUUGGGAUAUGACCAUACGUAUGUGGGACAGGGUUUCUCUGAAAUGUUUGAAUAUUCUCAAGCACGGAGAUUGGGUGUGGUCAUUAGUUGCCAGAGGCCCAAAUGUUGUGAGUACUGCAGGUAGUGAUAUGUACACAUGGAAUGCUGAAAACGGACAGCUACUCACAGUGAGACCAAAUGUCCAUGUUGGAAAUGCCUACUCUUUGAAAUGCAGUCGUUCUGGUCAUUUGCUUUUCACUGGAGGUGAAGAUGGAGCUAUUCAUAUGUUUGAAGACCGAUCUCCUCGUCGUCAUACAAGCCAUUGUAGUGAUGUUCUUGCAAUUGAUGAUAAACCAGUGGCAUCAUGGAUUCCACAUUCGUCUCCUGUUUAUUCACUUGCAUUUGAAGAUCCCUGGCUUGUUUCUGCAUCUGGGGAUGGAAAGCUUGCCAUGAUGAAUGUCAGGAAACUACUGAAGUUGAACAGCUGUAGCAGGCUCAAGUCGGUCACUAACAAUUAUGAUCCGUGGGAGCGAGCUUCCAUUGUAACAAUGCAAAAUGAACCACCACAACGCAUGCUUCAUGGUUUUGGCAAAAACUUGUACUCUGUGGAUAUUGGUGCAGAGAGAAUAUUCUGUGGAGGUGAGGAGGGAGUUGUACGUAUAUGGGAUUUCACACAGGCUUUGGAGACUGCACGCAGAGUUCAAGCUUCGAGAAGCAUCCGUUUGGAGAACAGAGCGGGGAGGAAGAAAGUCCAGGCAGCAGUUUUGAACAAAUCUAAGCAGUUGGAUUGCUGUACUAUAGAAGCUAAAAGUCGUGAGGCAAGUGCCAGGAAAAAUAGGAUUUGGCGAAGGAAUGGUGAGCAAGAUAAAGUCCAGGCUUAGGCUAGCCCUGAAUUCUACUGUUCUAGUUGGUUUAACUAUUAGCCUAGUGUAGCAUGGAGUUCUCUAUUUUUUUAAUUGCAAUCAAAUGCCUGAUUUAGUGUUGCAUUCAAGUUAGCCCGCUGUAGUUAGCAUCUCCUGUGCCACCAGUCAAAUUAUUUAAAAUUUUGAACUGCUGGAAAGGAUACCUAUUUAACAGUUAAUUAAAUUGCUAGCUUUACGCUUU